AUGGCCUACCUCACAGGGAGCGACCCCACGCAGAGCGGACAGCGGUCCAUCCUGUGCUCGGCGUCCACCCGGCGCAUGCUCUUCGCCUGGGACGUGCAGGAGGGCACCAUGAUCUGGGCCAGCCCCGUGCAGCAGACCACCAUCAUGUACCUGGCCACCCUGCCCGAGCGGGGGCUGGCCGUCACCGUGGACCAUCAGGACACCGUGAAGGUGUGGAACUGCCGGGAAGCGGACGCGCUGGCCACGCGCAGCCUGCCCAAGCCCUGCCUCUCGCUGGACGCCUUCGUGGUGGACGGCGGCGCCGUGGCCAUGGUGGGCGACUCCGCCGGCGACAUCCACACGCUGACGGUGCCCCUGCUGGAGCGCGUGUCCCGCGUCCACGCCUUCGACCACACAGUGAACCACCUGCGCUUCUCGCCCAACGGGAAGUGGGUCUUCGCCGGAGCCACCCUCCAGCUCAUGAUGCCGAAGGUGUUCGCCGCCCAGUUCCUGCUCAGGCCUCAGGCCGGGGGAGACUCCCGCCAGUGGGCCUCCCUCCCCCUCGCCUUCUGCAGCCAAGCCUGCUGGGCCCGGCAGCGCGCCAACCGCGUGACGAUGAUGAUCCAGCAGUCGUCCUUCCGGAGGACCGGCUUCAGCACCUUCGACCUGGCCGCCAGGACGGCUGCCGACGGCACCGCCGUGGUGGAAGCCCACCGGGUGGCGAGCUUCAUGCUGCCGAACAGGAUGGAGCGGCCGUUCCAGAUGGGGGUGCAGGACGGCACUGCCAUCGUGCUGCAGAGCGGCUCGCACCUGCUGCUCUUCUCCAUCCAGGGCACGCUGCUGCAGCGCUUCGACCACCACCAGCGGCACAUCUGCCACCUGUGGACGGACGCGCUGCACGUGGUCACCACGGCCAUGGACGACUUCCUGCACCUGUACAUGUGGGAGGAGGGCCCGGCCCCGCGCCUCCGCAGCUGCUGCCACCUGGAGCAGCGGCGGGCCGACCCCACGCCCAGCUGCUUCCCCUCCCAGGCAGCCUGCGACAACGCCAGCGUGGUGUGCGUGGUGUCCCGGAACCGCGAGACCAGCGUGCUGGUGAUGUACUCCCUGCCGCCCUGA